GCCAUCGCCUUCACGAGCCUCGUUUUAAACCGGAUGUAAGUGUAGCGGCGGCAUCUACUUAACCGCGCUCGCUAUUGCUAGGCGACGGGCUUUUUUACGUGACCCGAUUCGAGCUCCAUCCAGGGUCGCCUCGUCAUUGUAGCAGCUCCCUCUCCACUCACAUCCUCCUCGACAGCCCUCUUCUCCCUCUCCUCUGCAUCCCUUCACAUAUAUUCCAGGUAUCCAGACGACCUAGAAAAUGUCUUACGCCGGGAAUCCGUUGGUGAUAUUAUUCGGGGUCUUGAUGCUGCAUUCGGGCUCCGCGCAGAACGAACCAUCAAUCGAUUCAUCGGAUCACAUGAUUCUACCCAUGGGUUACCACAUCCCACCAAUCACGCUUCAGUGCAACCUUACAGCUUUCCAAAACGCCCACCAAGAGACCUUCUGGAUGAAAAACGGGGAGGAGAUCGCUGACACAAGGGGCGUAGCCAAGAACACAGAGUACAAACUUAAUAAACCAAGGCCAGACGAUGCGGGCGAGUAUAUGUGCGUGUACACAUUUGGUUCGGCCCCUCAAGCUAAUGCCACCAUUGAGGUAAAAGCUGCACCAGACAUCACGGGGCACAAGCGCAGUGAGAAUAAGAAUGAGGGUGAGACAGCCGUCCUCUACUGCAAAUCCGUGGGUUAUCCUUAUCCCCUGUGGACCUGGCGUAAACUUGAUAACAGAGCCAAUAUGGAUAUCGACAACUCCUCUCACCGUUUCUUCAUUAGCAGUGAGGAUGGCUACACCAAGCUUACCAUUAUAAACCUAGACCUCACGUCUGACCCCGGAGAGUACGAGUGCAAUGCGACCAACACCAUCGGCACCACCUCCAUGGUAUCAGUCCUGCGGGUCAGGAGCUACCUGGCCCCCCUGUGGCCCCUGCUGGGCGUCCUCGCCGAGAUCAUCAUCCUGGUGCUGAUCAUCGUCAUCUACGAGAAGCGCAAGAAGCCUGAUGACGUGCCUGAUGACGACGAACCAGCUGGGCCAAUGAAAACCAAUUCCACCAACAACCACAAAGAUAAAAACGUACGUCAGAGAAAUACAAAUUGAUUUGAUCAUUACAAGAUAAAGACAUUCACAUCAUGAUCAUAUGAACGUUACUCAUGAACGGUUCAGCGCAUUGGUAAACAAAUCAAAGGUGGAGGAGUUAAACGGAAGACGUGAAUGAAUGAGAACCCGAGGCAUGCCUUAUAAAUCUGGUGUGAGGAGGACGUGUGAACAGAAUGGAACCUAAUCCUGAACAUUUUCUUGCAUGAUUGUGUUGCGUUUUCUUUAGAAUCUCUUUUAUUCAAGUCAACUUUUUCCAUGUCAGGCAAAAGUACAAAAAUAAUAAUUGCAUGCAAGAUAUUUACUGUUUGAUACAGGCUUUUUUUGUUUGUGUAUUUAUGAAUGACUUCUGUUCAAGCAAGCCUUUAACUUACCGCAAAUAUGCCACCAUGAUUCUGGUAUUUUUGUACAGAUUAUCAUGUUACUGUAUACCAUUUGGUAUGGUGGCAUACGAUUCUAUCACUCAAUUAAGGGCUUUGCAAUGUGUCCUGCCAUGUUUAAUUUGUACAUGUAUUGUACAUUGAUGUAUGAAAUCACUUGAAAUAUCUAUAGAUAUCUGAAUGUUCUUCAUACUGAUGCACUUAUCUCUUCAAAUAUUAUUCUCGCAAACCAGUGACUUCAUUUUAUACUUAUUUACCUUAUCUUCUCUAAGUCUACAUGGCUGAUUGCUUUUUAUGUAUGCAUAGUAUACAGCAUGGCUUUUAUUCUAUGCAAUAUCUAUACAUACAGUAGAACAAACUUUUUAGCUUUUGGUUGUGUAUAAUUAAGCUUUAAUAUUAUAUGUUCGCAGAGUGCACUGUUCAGACCAUGAAAAGCAAUCCACGUGGUUUAAUACGUCGCUGCAUGAGCUCCUUACACAUUAUAAAAGGUCUGCAAAAUCAGAAUGUGAAGAGAAAUUAAUAUUAAUUCAAUUGACUAAGGCAUAUACAUGUCAUUUUUAACAAUUAAAAUAUCCAAAGUCAAA